GUUGUGGCCGAGUAAAACGCCAACAGCUGGUGGCUGCACUGGGUGCGGAACCAGAAGUCCACCAUAGGAACCUCAGUGAGAGCGUUGCCGUUCCAGUGCGAGGAUGGUGCCAAUGGAGUGUGCGCGCUUGGCCCUGUGCCUGCUCUGUGUUGUGUCUCACCAGGCACUUGGCGGGAAAAUUUCGUUCCCAGGGGCGGAAGUUACACAUACUCCAGCACACACUGACAUAGCAGAGCCUACCCAUGAAAUUAGUGAAUCGUCAGACAGGGGGACCUACACCUUUCCAGAUGGCAAAAAACAGGAUGUACUUCAAGUCUCUGAAACCGGUGCCUUGACACCAGAGUCUCGUGGUUUUUGGGAUACUGAUUUCUUGCAGAAAUUAACUGGACUGUUUAGCGGAGGUGAGGAACGAACCAAACCACCAGCUCGUCAAGGCUUAAGACCAGAACCUCUUCCCCCUCAGCUUUUCAACAAAAAUCGACGUCAAGGAAUUCAUAUUAAUCGACAAGUUCCAAGUCGCAAGCCUGCUAUUACUAAACCACAGAAUAUUCCAUAUUUUCAGUCUCCUUUCCAAAGGCCUACACACGAUCAAUCUAUACCAAAAGAUGCAGUGGCUUCACCCACAAAUAACAAUCUAAUCCAUUUGCCCCCUCCACCUCCUCCCCCUCCAUCCACAGCUGUUACUGUCCCCCGGGUUCAGCCAGUUACCAAUUUCCCUUAUAAAUAUGUUACACCAAGUGGAGCAUCACUUCAGUCUCCAAGCAACUAUUUGCAGCCUCCUUCUAUUGCAGCACCGCCCAGAAUAGACAUUCCACCUAAGAAUUUCAAUAUCAAGCCAACCCCUGGCAAACUAAUUAAGACUAAGAAGCCAUUGACCUUUGGACAGCCAGAUUUGCUCGGUGCUUUCAGUAAUAAUCCCAGGCCUCAAGUUAGUCUACCUGCAAAACCAGUCCACCAGCAAGUACAGCGUCUCCAGAACCGUCUGCCAUUACACAAAUCAUCUUCUAAACCUAAACCGACAGAUAUUAUUCAGCUACCUCAUCCAAGACCAGCACCCAAACCUCAAAAGCAGCACCCUAGACCACCCCCACAGCCGCAACGAAUUGACGUGCAUGCUGCAAAACCCACAGCUAUACAGAAGAAACCAACGCACCUUAACUUCAACCCUAGCCCGCAAGAGGGCAGCAUGUUAGCUGACGCUUUUCAGCCAGUAUUCGUCGCCUCUCCCAACAUGGAUGACUUGGGUAAUGACAUUAUGAAACCAAUGCACAUUGCUUCCGCUCGUUCAUUACCCACGACCACCACAAAACCACCGCCAGUCAUGCGGGAUUUCUUCGAAGAUUUCUAGAUUUGAAGUCUUCUGACAGUUUUCCUCAAGAGCAAUAGAACUGCGUAUAUACUUAUAAAUGCAUGUGUCGACUUUGUAAAAGCAGAGUUUGAAUAUUUCAUAAAUUUUAUUUUGUAUAUUCUGCUAGAAAGAGAGAAAGAAAAUACUUGUAGAAUGGUUCUACCUAUGAUGGGUGCUGGAUUACUUCAUUAAGGAUCUCUUCUGGACGGAUUUGGUCAUUGGCUGGACAAACAUUUGAAAGUGAAUAUGUCAAAUCUGACUUUGGAAUCGAAAACGUAGAGAUAUGUCUAUGAUGUUUUACUUCAUUUUUGCAUUAGGACAACUGAACUAACCAGUAGCGUCACUCUUGGCUCAUCUGGAAUGAGGCCUUGUAAUUCAUUUUAAAAAUGCAUCUACUAAUUGAUGAGAGGUGGCUGAUAUGCACGGAGGUAGGAGAUUCCGAAGAGAAGAGAAAAGGCAGUCUGUGCAAGUAACGAACACCAAAUCAACCGCAGAUGAUGUAUGAUACGGUGCAAGUUGGGUUAAAGAAAACCUGACCUCAGUUCUGUAUGUGUGUGUGUUUGUGUGUGUGUGUGAGUGAAAGAAAGCGAGAAACUCCUUAAGUGUUGAGGUCCUUAGGACGGGUAAGUAUAACUAGUCUUAAUAACGAUGGACUUUGUACAUAUUUUUUAUCAUUGUUAAUCUCACAAAGCACUAUUAAUCAUGAUUUGAUAUCUUUUAGGUAAAUAGUCAAUACAGUACUUAACGUACUCAUCUUCAUAAUAUACUGAGGGAAAUAUUACAGAGAUCAGUUCACCUUAAAAAGAGUAUAAUGUUGUGUUGUGCAUUAUGGAAAACUAUAGAAAUGUAUUUCGUAUUUAAUUGGCAACAAAAACUAGAAGUGAAUAUUGUUCUGUUCACAAUAUGAUGUUUCUUAUGUUAAGUUGUACCUGUCUGUUAUCUAUAUCACUCAUGUAUCGUAUUCAUGCAAAGCUGCUGGCCAGCGUCAUUACUUCUAUUUAUUAAACACGUUUCCCAUUCGC